AUGGCCUUUGACAGGUAUGUGGCCAUCUGCAACCCCCUGCGGUACACUACCAUCAUGAACAGCAAAAUUGUAAUCAGGUUGUCUGUGACUGCCUGGGAGGUGGCCAUAGUCUUAGUGGUUCUGCUGGGCCUCACCAUCCGCCUGUCACCCUGCAGGUCUAACAUAUUUAACCCGUACUGCGACAACGCCUCCUUACUCAAGCUCUCCUGCAACGGCGUGAUUAUAAUUAACAUAUAUGGCUUAACCUUUACUGUUGUGCUGUUUGUCUCGUCCAUAGGCAGCAUCAGUCUCGCCUAUUUGAAGAUUGCCAUUGUGUGUCUGAGUAGUAGAAACAGCUCUUUAAAAAGCAAGGCCCUGACAACCUGUAGCACACACUUACUGGUCUACCUUAACGUGCUGGGAUGUGGGUUCACCAUUAUCAUCUUCCAUCGCUUCCCAGCCUAUGCAGACCUGCGCAAACUGAGUAGUGUGCUGGGUAAUGUGGUCCCUACCUGUCUCAACCCCAUAAUAUAUGGUUUACAGACUAAAGAGAUUAAACAGAGGAUAUUUAGAGUGUUUCACAGAGCCAAGGUGGCCGCAUGA